AUUGGUCAGCCCACCGGUGCUCCUUGCCUCCUACUCAUGUCGGUGACGACGGAAACACUCCAUGAAGUUGGCGAAAACCAGCAUUCAAUUCAACAUUCUCCGGAGAAGGCGGGCGAAGUUACUCUCGAUCCUUCUGAAGAUCCAGUAGACUGGCCGACGUUGAAAAAAUGGGUAGCGGUGGGUGUCAUCUCUGCAGGAUCCUUCUGUGUCACGUUUGCGUCUUCGAUGGCUUCGUUCACGGAAACUGGCAUGGCGAAGGACUUUCAUGUCUCACACGAACCGACUAUCCUUUCAAUCAGCUUGUUUGUUCUCGGACUCGGUAUUGGGCCAUUAAUAACGGGUCCAUUCUCUGAAGUCUAUGGUCGCUCAAUUAUAUAUCGUGUCUCCUACGUCCUUCUCGUCAUUCUGGGGUUCCCCAUCGUGUUUGCGCCAAAUCUAGCGGUUUUCCUUGUAUUUCGCUUCUUACAAGGCAUGGCUGGUGCAUCCUUUCUCAGCGUUGCGGGAGGAAGCGUUGCAGAUAUGUUUGUUGGCCCUGCCGUCUCCACGCCUAUGGCUGUUUACACCGCGUCACCCUUUCUCGGACCAGUGUUUGGCCCGGCCAUUGGGGGGUUUAUGAACCAGCAUCUCGAUUGGCGAUGGACAUAUCGAAUAUCUCUCAUUUGGAUGUUUGUUGAGACCAUCGCUAUCUUUCUUUUUGUGCCUGAAUCCUACGCUCCUGUUCUCUUGAAGAAGAAAGCCGCAAGACUUCGCAAGGAAACAGGUGACAACAACUAUUGGGCACCCUUGGAUCGACGGGAAACCUCCAUGUCCCGGAUGCUAUAUCUUAGUUGUACUGUCCCAUUCAAACUCUUGCUAUUUGAUCGGAUGGCUCUUUUAUUAGACACAUGGACGGCGGUGUUGCUAGGAAUUCUAUAUCUAUUCUUCCAGGCCUUCCCAAUCAUCUUCCAACAAGGACACCAUUUUAAUGUGCAAAUGACAGGGCUGACCUUUCUCGGGAUCGGACUUGGUAUGGCUAUUGGCCUUGCGACACAGCCUUGGUGGAAUCAGCGCACAGCGAAGGUCGCAGCUGCCAAUGGAGGGAAAGCUCCCCCUGAGGCCCUACUUGUCAUGGGCCAAGUCGGGGGUGUCCUUAUACCGAUUUCCAUGUUCAUUUUUGCGUUCACAACCUACACGCAUGUUCACUGGAUUGCUCCAAUAAUUGCAUCGGUUGUCUUUGGGACCGGGAUGCUCUUUGCAUUCACAACUACAUUCACGUACCUCGUAGUCGCCUAUCGCCCCAUUGCAGCAAGUGCCAUGGCCGCCAACAGUGCAAUGCGCUCUUCAUUUGCUGCGGCAUUCCCUCUCUUUGCAGGGGCCAUGUACAAAAAACUGGGCACCGUUGGUGCUACAGCCCUUUUAGCUGGAUUGAUGACCUUGAUGGCACCUUUACCUUUUAUAUUCCAUAGAAUUGGUCCCCGUUUGAGGGCAAAAUCACGCUAUGCCAUAUAA